CCUAAUAUAGCGAUGCACCAAGUCUGUUACAUGACCUGAAAGUACCGACUUGGUUGAGAUGAGAGGACCUCACCAUGUCAACAACUGGACAACGUAUUUUCUCUCAUAUGGCACGUUAUCAUCGGACAUGUCGAAGGAUUUUAUUAAACGGAGUUGACACGUUUCCCAGGUACCCCGUCUCUGCGCGCGCACUCUCCGUUUCUCACAAGCUCUGCGCGAAGUCGAAGAAGCCGCCAGAGGAUGAAUUUGACGAGCCGCCAUCUGAGCCCAUCAAGUUCUCCACAAGCAAAGGUAGUCAUCGGACCUGGAGCGUGGAUCGCUCACUCGGCAGCAAACAUCAACGACCUUGGUGGAGGGUUGUGCCAAUCAGUGUGGUCGGGGUUGUAUUCCUACUGUGGUGUGGCUUCAGGGCAGAGUCAGAUGUUGACGAAGCGCUGGAAAAACAGCUCUACGAACAUUUGCCUAGUUUGUUGUCGGAUGAAGAGGAGUCUGAUAAAUCUAGAUAGUGAAGGAAGAAAUGAAUGCCGCACAGCUUUUACGAGUAUGAUGAAAUAUUUAUUUGUUUUUCUUCAGAUUGAAAGCAAGCGGUUGCGUUAUUUAUUCGUAGAAUAAUCUGCGACGGUAUUUUGUAAAUUUGCCCGUCCUCACACUACCUGAUCCCAGCAGAGUGAACUCAGAAAUGGCAAAGGAUGUUUUCUGGAGUCAUUUCUACUGCGGUUGAUGUAAUAUCAUGUUCGAAGGGAACAGUACACCUUCAUCAUGAAUCAUUUGAUUUAGGGUGCAAUCUUGUUAAUGUGCACUGACCAUGUCAGCCAGGAUAUGUUCUGUUUAAUGCCUUGUUUUGCUUGCAAUGUAAUGACUUGUUAUACAUUAAACAAGCGAUUGUGGUAAUUGCAACCAUGGACUUCAUUUAGAUUUAAAUUCGAGAUGUUUUCCCUUUGCAACUGAAGACCCAGUCCAGUUGUCACAUGGUCAAGAAAC